AUGGAGGUCAUACUGUUCCGCUCUUCUGCAAACUCCAGCGACCUCAAUCAUCCCUGGGGUCGUUUGCCACCGGAGCAGCGACCACAAGCACGAUUCAUCGAUCUCGACCAGGGUCUUGCAAAAGCAAAGCAGCAACUCGAAUCCAUCACGGACCAGCGUAAGCUGGUCUUCGCGUACCCUUGCGAAUGGAUGGACGGACUAGAGUGCGUUGUCGACCCGAGUCUGGCCUUUCGCCUCGAGUCCAAACGCUUUCUCUGCCAGAACAACAUCCCUACGCCGACAUUGGAAAUGCUCAGCUUGCACGGAGAGUACCUUCGACGCCUUGAAACCAAAGAGCUUCCGUUCGUAGUYAAGUUCCCUCAGGCGAGUAGCUCUUACGGGACGUUCCUCGUGACUUCAUCRAAGCAGCGCAAAGAGAUGCUCGCCAGCGUGGAGCGCUUCAGACUUCGAGGGGGCGACGAGAUACAAGUAUCGUCGUACGUGAAGGCAAAGCACAAUUACUGCGUCCAGUGCUUCGUUUCGCCCGAUCUGAGAGGCGAUCAACCGCUGAUCAUUGCCGUCACAUGGCAAAUGUUCACCGGGGACGGAACAGGGUCGGGCGCCAUCAUUGACUACGCCGAGCAGGACGACCUUCGCGCGUCGCUUUGCUGCAUCACGGCCCAGACCAUCGAAGCCCUGCCGAUAGAAUUCGUGGGCUGGAUUGGCAUUGAUGUGCUGGUUGAUGAGGUCGGAAGACAGUACGUCAUUGAUCUCAAUCCUCGAAUGACAGGAUCCAUGCCCAUCUGUCUCCUAUCCCGCUAUUUCUGGAAGGAGCAGCAACUGCGCUUUGCUCAGACUGGCUCGUUCAGCUAUGUGGGACGGUCGGAAGAUGUGGAUGACCUGCUUCGAGAAGACGUCGAUGCGGGCGCGGUUGUAAUCAUUGCGAAUGUGACGAUUGAUGACAACAAACCCCUCGUCCAAAUUUGGCUGGUAUGGGCAGCGGCAGAUGAAAAUCUGCUCUCAGAGAUGUACUACCGGAUCUGUGGCCGUCUUGGUUGCAUGGAAUCCUAG